GUCAAAAGUAGUAUAAAAAAUUUUUUUUAGAAGAGAGAAAAAAAGGAAAACUUUUUUAUAAAGGAAAAAUAUAAAAAAUUUAAUAAAAUAAAUUAAAAAUGGCUAAUAUACGAGCUCAACAACAAUAUUCACUUAGAUGGAAUAAUUAUUUACGUCACAUAACAUUUGCAUUUGAUGAUUUAAAAAGUAAUGGCGAUUUAGUGGAUGUAACCUUAUGUUGCGAUGGCCAAAAAAUAAAAGCACACAAAGUUCUUUUAUCAGCAUGUAGUGCAUAUUUUAAGGAAAUAUUUAAUGAUAAUCCUCAUCCGCAUCCAGUUAUAGUGUUUAAAUUUAUUAAAUUUGAGGAUUUAAACGCUAUCAUACAAUUUAUAUAUCAAGGUGAAGUUAAUGUUCAACAAGAUGCACUACAAUCAUUUUUACAAACUGCUGAAUUAUUAGCAAUACAAGGUUUAACAACAGAAGAUAAAACACCUAAAGAAACAAAUCCUAUAAGUACGAGUGAAAGUAAAACUAUAACGAAAAUUUUACCAUCAACGAUUCAGACAAUUAAUGCGAAUGGUGGUACAACAACAACAACAACUACUACCUAUACAAUAGACCCACAUGAACCAAUUUCAUCUACCAUAGCAGCGAAGAGGAGAAAAAGUUCAACAAAUACAAAAAAUGACGUACAAACAACAUUUGCUGAAUGCAUAACAUUUACGAAAGAUGAGACAGGGGUUGUUAAAGGAACUGAAAUGCAAUUUAUACCAACAGUUAAAGUAAAUAUUCCAGAAUUAAUACAUGUACCAGAUAUUACACAACAAAUUGUUAAUGAACAAGAAACACAAACCAUAGAAAAAAUUACGGUUAAAACAGAUAAUAGUCAAUUUACAACAGAAUAUGAGAUAUUAGAAGACCCAGAAAUCAUAGAUGAAAAAUUAAAUCCUGAAUCGAAUGCAAUACAAAUGACAAUAGAUUCAAAUGACGAUGUUUCAAUAGGUACAUUUACACAAUCAGCCGCACAAACUGAAACUGAAUCGGAUAAAAAUACAACGACGGGCGGGAACUCUACAUCAGCGAUUAAUAAGUGGACAGAAUGUUCUUAUUGUAAAAUGACGAUUACAAGUGUGAAUUUGUGGCGUCACAUUAGGACGCAGCACACACCGGAACCACCAAAAGUAUGUGAGAUAUGUUUAAAGCAUUUUAAAAAUAAAUAUAGUUUAAGAGAACACAUAAGGAUAACUCAUGAACAAAAACAAAAUAAAGCUUAAGUACCUCCGUUUCUUUAUUUAUGGUAGGUAAUUUUAUGUAAUUUUUUAUUUUAAGUUUAAUUCGAUU